GGUUUUCCAAGCAAGAUGAAGCCCAACAUUAUCUUCGUACUUUCCCUGCUCCUCAUCUUGGAGAAGCAAGCAGCUGUGAUGGGACAAAAAGGGGGAUCAAAAGACCAAUUACCAAGUGGAUCUUCCCAAUUCCCACAUGGACAAAAGGGCCAGCACUAUUCUGGACAAAAACGCAAGCAACAAACUGAAUCCAAAGGCAGUUUUUCUAUUCAACACACAUAUCAUGUAGAUGCCAAUGAUCAUGACCGGACCCGAAAAAGUCAGCAAUAUGAUUUGAAUGCCCAACAUAAAAUGACAAAAUCAGAACGACAUCUAGGUGGAAGUCAACAACUGCUCCAUAAUAAACAAGAAGGCAGAGACCAUGCUAAAUCAAAAGAUCAUUUUCACAUGGUAGUUAUACACCAUAAAGGAGGCAAAGCUCAUCGUGGGACACAAAAUCCUUCUCAAGAUCGGGGGAAUAGCCCAACUGGAAAGGGAAUAUCCAGUCAAUAUUCAAACACAGAAGAAAGGCUAUGGGUUCAUGGACUAAGUAAAGAACAAACUUCCGUCUCUGGUGCACAAAAAGGUAGAACACAAGGUGGAUCCCAAAGCAGUUAUGUUCUCCAAACUGAAGAGCUAGUAGCUAACAAACGACAAGGUGAGACUCAAAAUUCUCAUCAAAAUAAAGGGCAUUACCAAAAUGUGGUUGAAGUGAGAGAGGAACAUUCAAGUAAAGUACAAACCUCACUCUGUCCUGCAUAUCAAGACAGACUCCAACAUGGAUCCAAAGACAUUUUUUCUACCCAAGAUGAGCUCCUAGUAUAUAACAAGAAUCAACACCAGACAAAAAAUCUCAAUCAAGAUCAAGAGCAUGGCCGAAAGGCAAAUAAAAUAUCAUACCAAUCUUCAAGUACAGAAGAAAGACAACUCCACUAUGGAGAGAAUGGUGUGCAGAAAGAUGUAUCCCAAAGCAGUAUUUAUAGCCAAACUGAAGAGAAAGCACAUGGCAAGUCUCAAAAACAGAUAAUAAUUCCCAGUCAAGAGCAAGAGCAUAGCCAAAGGGCAAAUAAACUAUCAUACCAAUCUUCAAGUACAGAAGAAAGACGACUCCACUCUGGAGAAAAUGGUGUGCAGAAAGGUAUAUCCCAAAGCAGUAUUUAUAGCCAAACUGAAAAGCUAGUAGCAGGCAAGUCUCAAAUCCAGGCACCAAAUCCUAAGCAAGAGCCAUGGCAUGGUGAAAAUGCAAAAGGAGGGUCUGGCCAAUCUACAAAUAGAGAACAAGACCUACUCAGUCAUGAACAAAAAAGCAGACACCAACAUGGAUCUCAUGGGGUAUUGGAUAUUGUAAUUAUAGAGCAGGAAGAUGAUGCUCCACCCAGGGCACACCAACUCAAGGAACAUAUAAAUGAAGAGAUCCGCUCAGCUCUCAGACAAGAUUUUUCGAGCAAGAUGAAGUCCAUCAUCCUCUUUGUCCUUUCCCUGCUCCUUAUCUUGGGGAAGCAAGCAGCUGUGAUGGGACAAAAAUGUGGAUCAAAAGGCCAAUUACCAAGUGGAUCUUCCCAAUUUCCACAUGGACAAAAGGGCCAGCACUAUUCUGGACAAAAAGACGAACAACAUACUAAAUCCAAAGGCAGUUUUUCUAUUCAACACACAUAUCAUGUAGACGUCAAUGAUCAUGACCGGACCCAAAAAAGUCAACAAUAUGAUUUGAAUGCCCAACAUAAGACGACAAAAUCAAAACAACACCUAGGUGGAAGUCAAGAACUGCUCAAUUAUAAACAAGAAGGCAGAGACCAUGAUAAAUCAAAAGAUCAUUUUCAUAUGAUAGUUAUACAUCAUAAAGGAGGCCAAGCUCAUCGUGGGACACAAAAUCCUUCUCAAGAUCGGGGGAAUAGCCCAUCUGGAAAGGGAAUAUCCAGUCAAUAUUCAAACACAGAGAAAAGCCUAUGGGUUCAUGGACUAAGUAAAGAACAAGCUUCAGCCUCUGGUGCACAAAAAGGUAGAACACAAGGUGGAUCCCAAAGCAGUUAUGUUCUCCAAACUGAAGAGCUAGUAGCUAACAAACGACAAGGUGAGACUCAAAAUUCUCAUCAAAAUAAAGGGCAUUACCAAAAUGUAGUUGAAGUGAGAGAGGAACAUUCAAGUAAACUACAAACUUCACUCCAUCCUGCAUAUCAAGACAGACUCCAACAUGGACCCAAAGACAUUUUUACUACCCAAGAUGAGCUCCUAGUAUAUAACAAGAAUCAACACCAGACAAAAAAUCUCAAUCAAGAUCAAGAGCAUGGCCGGAAGGCACAUAAAAUAUCAUACCAGUCUUCACGUACAGAAGAAAGACAACUUAACCGUGGAGAAAAGAGUGUACAGAAAGAUGUAUCCAAAGGCGGCAUUUCUAGCCAAACUGAAGAGAAAACACAUGGCAAGUCUCAAAACCAGGUAACAAUUCAUAGCCAAGGUCAAGAGCAUGGCCAUAAGGAAAAUAAAAUGUCAUACCAAUCUUCAAGUACAGAAGAAAGACAUCUCAACUGUGGAGAAAAGGGCAUCCACAAAGGUGUAUCCAAAGGCAGUAUUUCAAUCCAAGCUGAAGAGCAAAUAUAUGGUGAGUCUCAAAACCAGGUAAGAAUUCCUAGUCAAGCUCAAGAGCAUGGCCAUAAGGAAAAUAAAAUGUCAUACCAAUCUUCAAAUACAGAAGAAAGACGUCUAAACAGUGGAGAAAAGGAUGUACAGAAAGGUGUAUCCAAAGGCGGUGUUACUAUCCAAACUGAAGAGAAAAUACAUGGCAAGUCUCAAAACCAGGUAACAAUUCCUAGUCAAGAUCAAGAGCAUGGCCAUAAGGAAAAUAAAAUGUCAUACCAAUCUUCAAGUACAGAAGAAAGACGACUCAACUAUGGAGGAAAGAGCAUGCAGAAAGAUGUAUCCCAAAGCAGUACUUCUUUCCACACUGAAAAGCUAGUAGAAGGCAAGUCUCAAAUCCAGACACCAAAUCCUAAUCAAGAUCAAUGGUCUGUCCAAAAUGCAAAAGGAAAUUCUGGUCAAUCUGCAGGUAGAGAACAAGACCUACUCAGUCAUGAACAAAAAGGCAGACACCAACAGGAAUCCAGUGAGGCACGUAAUAUUGUAAUUACAGAGCACGAAGUUGCCUAUGAUGAUCAUUGGACACAACAAUAUAACGAAGACAGAAAUCCAGUAUCUACAUAGCCCUAUUGCUUAGCAACCACUUGAAAAGCUGGACCAAUAGCAAGGUGUCACCUGACCUCAGUGAAGUCUUUGAUGUUUCUGAGAUGCAGACUCCCAUGUGGUCCCAGAUCCUUGGUCCAUGGAUGACACCACCUGCCCAUGCUUCCUUGCAUUAGGCUUUCUAAACCUGGAGCUCCUUCAAACUUCCAAUAAAGGGAUCAUUUUCUGCUUUA